UGCCUUUUGGCGGGUUUGGGUUUUCUCAGGGUUGCUAUGACAAGGUGUGAUAUUGUUAGUUAGAUGGAUUUACUUCACUACACAUUAAAGUGUAAAAAGGUUGUACAGUCAUAUUUGGAUUCACAUGUAAACAAACAGGAUCUACUUGACGAUUUUUGUGCACUUGCUUUCCCUGUAAAUAUACUAAAUGAUAGGUCACGAACUGAGACCAUAGUUUCUGUCGUACAGAAUCGUUCUUCUGAUAAAAGCGCCCUAUUUAUUUUCUCUCGAGCCAAGGAUUUGAUUUCGGAUCUAUCGGAUAUUCCAGCAUUAAUUGAUUUGAUUGUUUUGGAUAAAGACUUCUCUUGUGAGGCAACAAACUCUGGUAUCUGCCUUCUUGUUACUGGAAAGCGGUUGGUCAACAUAUCUGCCGAUGAAAAGAAACGUACAAAUCAACAGCUUAAACUUUAUGUUGUUUCCAAUCGUGACAAUGACUCAUCACAUCCUAAAGUGAAUGACACAAGUGAUAUUGAUUCGGAUAAUGAAAUAUAUUCAAAGAAUCCAGUGUUUCUGAAAAGUCUAAAAAGUAACUACCAGAAACCAAUAGAUAAAGAAACUAUUCAAUUUUCUAGUGUCAAUUUUACUUUGGAAUUUAAUAAUGUAGAUGAUGCCAUGGAAUUUCGGAAGAAAACUCUUCAUUUGUCUUCCGGAUAUCGAACAAAGUUAUCGGAAUUUAAUUAUGCUAAGUCAUCUAAAGAGCGAACAACCUAUGAGAUGGGUAAAGAAGCUUUAGCUAUUUUGAAUUCCUCUUCUUCUGAACAAACGUUUUGGUUACAAAAAUAUUGGAAACAAAUGGAACAGACAACCACUUCAUCCUCUAUCAUUAAUACACCUCGAUCAGGGGUGAAUAUCACUAGUUCUGUUGGAUUAAAUGGUGACAAUAAACAUAAUCGUCAUUUAAGUGGAUCCUUACCACACAGUACUUCUAAUGAUACAUCUAGUAUGAGUGAAACAAUAAAUAUGAAUAGUAGUAGUUGUUCCAGUAUUGGUUCAUUCAAUCAUAGUGUUAAAAUAACACGACAAAAUGAAAUUGAAAAACUACCUACUACUAACGUUGAUGAUAAUAACAAUAAUACUAAUAAUAAUGGUUAUAACAAAACUAAACUAAAACGAUCUGUAAAACAUUCAACGAAACUGCGUCAUUCCCAAUCAUCUUCAAUAUUAUAUCCAUAUACGGCAAAUCAUUUACAUGAUAAUGAUGAUAAUCUACUAUCGAAUCAUUUGAUUGACCGAUCAGUUCCACUUACUCGAAAGAAUUCACCAUCAAAUCAAUUAGAUGUGGCUAUUCCCUUGAAUGAUUUACACCGUACAGUCACAUCAGCACAUAGCUGUACGGAUCUCACGUCCGAUUCUACUAUUUACGAUGAUCAUUUGAGUAAAAAUAAGAAUGAAUAUCUAGAACCACGUGUUUUUCGGGCACGAUUCAAUCAAGCUGGUAAUAUUAUUCAAAGAAAAUUAAUUGAACGUAUGCAUGAAUAUUCUAAGAUUGAAAAAAUUCGCAUUUAUGUCGGUACAUGGAAUGUGAAUGGUCGAAGUGAUACUACUGGUAAUAUACAAUUGGAUAAAUGGCUUAUAUCACCUAACGGUCAACCACCUGCUGACAUUUAUGUAUUUGGGUUUCAAGAAAUGGAUUUAAGUUUCAGUGUAAUUACUCUAAAUAAAACUAGCUCUACUGGACCCGAAGAACGAUGGAUUCAACAAUUAGAAGAAGCUUUAGGUGGUUUACUCAAACGACCUUCAUCACAUUCUGUUUGGGCUCAAAGAACAGGUUCUGUAAAAUCAUACGCUGCUCAAUGGUCUCAUUAUACAGGAGGUGGCUAUUUACGAGUGGAACGUGUUCGCCUAGCCGGAAUCAUAAUGAUUGUUUACAUAUCAGCUCGUUUAUCUUCUCAUUUACGUCGUGAAGAAAUCUCUUGUCAAGUUGUACCAACAGGUGUUUUCAACGUGAUGGGUAAUAAAGGUGGUGUUGGCAUUCGAUUGACCAUAUUUAAUUCUUCUUUAUGUUUUGUUAAUUGUCAUUUGGCUGCAGGUGAAGCGAAUCUUGAUCGUCGUAAUCAAGAUUUUCGAGAAAUUACACGUAAAAUGUUAUUUGAAUUUCCAAUGAACUCGAAAAAUCCCAUACAAUCAUCUGAAAAAGCGUUUAUUUCAGAUCAUGACAUUAUAUUCGUAUUUGGUGAUUUAAAUUAUCGUAUUAGUGGCCUGGAUUCACCUAGUGUUCGUAAAUCUAUUUUCGAAAAAGAUUUUUCUUCUUUACUCAAAUAUGAUGAAUUAUUAAAACUUAUGGAGAAUCGUAAUUUAUUCGAUGGUUUUCAUGAACCUAUUAUCAAUUUCGCGCCGACUUACAAAUUCGAUAUGAAUUCCAAUGUUUACGAUUCUAGUGAUAAAAAUCGUGUUCCAUCCUAUUGUGAUCGUAUCAUAUGGUCAGGUGAUGGUUGUGAACCAAUUGUUUAUCGUUCACAUCCAGAAUUUGUUUGCAGUGAUCACAAACCUGUUUCUGCAUACUUUUCAGUUGAUCUGCGUCGUAUAAUACGUUCAGCAUUUCAACGUGCUUAUGAAUCCGUUUUACUCAGUAUAGAUUUAACCACAAAUUUAUCACUUCCACAAGCCGAAUUGGAUAGACAAGAAUUAGAUUUCGGUUAUGUACAUUUUCACGAAUUAUGCAGUCAAUCAUUAACUCUAACUAAUAUUGGCCUGAAUGAUUUUCAAUUUAAAUUUUUACGUGAAGGUGUUGGAUCAUUCCCACCAUGGCUUUCAGUUAACCCAUCAUGUGAUUCCGUGAAACAAGGCACUUCUAUUAAAUUAGAAUUUCAAAUAUUUGUUAAUUAUAAAGAAGUUUAUGCAUUGAAUAGUGGUACUAUUCAAUUAUCUACAAUUGUUGUAUUACAAUUAGAAGAUGGGAAAGAUUAUUUUAUUUCAAUUAAUGCUCAGUUCAUUCCAACAAGUUUUGGUUUACCAUUAAUUCUAUUAUUAAGUUUAGAAUCAGACCCUGUAAAUAAACUUUCGGUUAAUGAAUUACAAGAUCAGAUAAAGUUGGCUCGUUCAGAAAAUAAUGACUAUUUUAAAACAAAAUUAUGCAGCUUAGUUGAUCGGAACCCAUUUCAUGUUCCUAAAGAAAUCUUUCGUCUUGUAAAUCAUAUAAAUGAAUAUAUAACAGAACCUGAUCUAUUUCGUCAAAUGGGUCCAUCUUCUGACAUUGGUAUAAUACGUGAUAUACUGGAUACAACUCCAGCUAAUUGUCCUUUUCCUGAAACAAUUUCUGUACAUUCAAUUACAUCGUGUUUAUUAUUGUUUUUGAAUACACUCCCGGAAUCUGUGAUACCACAAGAAUUUCAUGAGAAAUGUUUUAAUUCAUUAGCAAAUUUUGAAUCUGCUGUACAGGCUUUACAGCAUCUUCCUAUUUGUAAUCAGAAUUUAUUUUAUUAUUUAAUCACAUUUAUGCAACGUUGUUUGACUUUCAAAGAACAGAAUGGCACAGAUAUCGACCUACUUGCUCCAUGUUUUGGUGAGAUAUUCUUUCUUGAAUCGUCGAACACAACAACAGCUCAGAAAGGUGCUGUUGCAAUGAAACAGCUUAAGCGAGCCGCUUUCAUUAGCAUUUUUCUCCGUCAAAAUUAUUUCAUUUCUAAUCCUUCACUAAUGUCAACAAGUCAACACUAG